AUGGAUCGAUACCAAGAUAAGCCAAAGCCCAGAUCAAGGCCGGUUUCUGCAAUUAUAUCAACUACAACAACCAAUGUCACUUCUCAUGAUCAUGGGACGUCUUUCCUGCCAACAUCAGCGACACUGCUAACACUGCUAACUUCACAUCAAAUACCCCGAACACAACCAACUUCAACAUCAACCAAUCUUUUACGAAAAUCGGAACCACUGAAGCUUUUGCAAACGCCACGAAUCUCACUUGAAAAGGCAUUGAGAAAGUCACCUACACUCAUCACAAAGAAGGAUAUUCUCAAAAAUGAAUUGCGUACUGCUGGUAAUUCCAACAUCGAUGAAUCCAACCAUGAUCGUCUCGAAUUGCAGUUCCUUGUUUCAAUCUAUGUCCCCGGUCUUCGCCCUUUGCGCAAUGCAAGCUUGUUGGACCGAUUGAGGAAUCGAUUGCCAACAAUUGUGGAAAAUCUUGAUGUCAAUUUGUCACUACAUUUGUUUCUAUCAACAAUCAUGGUGAGGUUUGUCAAUCUGUGGUAUUUGACAAAGCUAAAUACUAAUAAUAAGGAGUUUUUAAAGGCUGUGUAUGAUGAUAUUUUAGUUGCUUUAGUGAGAGACGUGGCAAAUAGAAUUGCCACUAUAAGUAGUUACCAUUUGUUGAACGUCGCUGAUGAUUUAGUUCUGAUAUUGAAUACUCAUUUGACAGAAUUUGUUGCCGAGGGGAAGUACCCAUAUAAGGUUCUCGAUGAUUAUUAUGAUCUAACAGAGACGGCAAAUAGCCUAUACUAUGAUUCAUUUAAGAAUCCAAGGGAUGUGCUUCAGAUGUAUCUUUCACAAAAGCAUAUAAUCUUUGACCAGCUGAAAGAUACUCAAGAGGAGCCAGUCUUAAUUUACUUUAGAGUUAUGGUUCAAACAAUGCUUCAGAAAAUCAUGGAAAACAAUGAAAAAGAUUCAAUAUUCACAUCGAAAAUAACAAGCGAUUUGCUAAUUUUGGCACUUGGUGAUUUGGUUAUAAAUCAACUUUUCCAAAAAACAUCGUCGCCUGAAUUUAUUUUAGGUUCGAUCAACAAAGCCGUGCUAAGCUUGUUGUCCGUCUUGAAGAAGCAUAAAAAUACCAAAGCUUCGGCGACUGUGUCUAAUCAAUCGGUUAUUGGUAUAGUCGUGACUUUUGCAUACACCAUAUACGAACUGUUAGUAAUGUUGGUUAUGGCAAUUAAGUUAUCUUCCAGGUAUGAAGCUCCUUUUGACGUGAUAAACUCCUCAGUGUUUCUACUAGUGGGAACAUUAUUGACGCUUAAGCAAACCAGACCAUUGUUAUACACCCUUGCAUUAUCAUUAAAGAGCGUUAUAUGGAGCAUCCUGGGAUUAAAGAAUGGUAUCAAUAAUGUGGCCCUGAAGUAUGCGAUUGAGUACUUGAGUGAAACCCUUACAGAGGAAACUAUUCGCAAUCUAAUCAAUCAGUUGCGGAUAGAAUUAUUUUACACAGACAAGAAGGAUAUACUGCAUGAAGAUCAGGAUGUUUUGCUUGACACUGUUGCUGACAAUAUUGCCGAGUUAUUUACUCAUUUACCCUUUGGAAAGCAGCUACAUCUUAAUAUACUAUGCAAUAAAAUCAAGCAGGUCUUGAUUAUAUUUGACCACGAUGAGCAGUUGGAUCCCGCAAACAAUGUCAACCAGCUUCUCGUUAUCCAAUUCUUGGACCGUAUUGUUUAUGCCGUAUAUAAUGAUAUAUAA